AUUUGUUUGAAACAAAAAUCUAUUUUAACAGCUGAUUUCGUUCCAUGUUCUUCAAGUGGUGUUUUGUCACGUAUUUCAGGCAUUCGUGUGUUCACAAUCUCGUCCUUUUUUUAACUCCACGCCCGUUGAAAAUAAAAUUACUUGAGAAAAUGGCAGGGCAUAUAAAUCUCUUGCUGAAACAAGCAGUGACAACGUUUAGUAUGCCUGCAAAAACUAAUUUUCCCAAAAAUAUCGAAAAGCUGAAGUGCCUUCUGGAUAAAACGAAAGGCUCUGACCUGGGUUUACACUCUGAGCAUGACAUAUUCAAGCAAGAGAGUUGGUGUCAUCCUGGAAAAGCACCAGUUACUUAUGUUCAGAUUUACGAUGAUGAUGCAGUGAGUGUUGGAGUGUUUAUUGUAGCAGAAAACAUGAAACUACCACUGCAUGAUCAUCCACAUAUGCAUGGCUUGAUAAAAGUCAUCUAUGGCACGUUAAAAAUCAGUAGUUAUACUAUUUCUGAGUGUCUUGAUGAUAAACAAGUGGAUGUUGAGUGUCAUACACCUAUAAACUUACAUUAUAUAGAUCCACCUUGUAUUCUGGAACCAAACCAUCAAAAUCUGCACGAAAUUGAAAGUGUGGAUGGAGUGGCAGCUUUCGUUGAUAUUCUUGCACCGCCUUACGAUGUGCUGAUUCCCGAGCUGGGGAAGCGAAAGUGCACUUAUUUUAAACGGAUACGACAGACAGGAGUCAACAAAAUGUUGUUGGAAAGUAUUGAAUCGCCGUCGUGGUUCUGGUGCGAUCAACUGCCGUACUCCGGGCCGCAUAUUGAAGAAGACUUCGUGCUGCAUGAGAAAACGAGUGAAAAUUAGCUUUAAAUUUAAUUGUACAAAGAAUUUUAACUGACGCAACACUUUAACUAUUGUGAAUUUAAGUAUUACCACUUGGGAUUAAUCGAUUUGGUUGUGUGUAGUCAAUGACGAGAAAUCAUUGCUUUCGUGUUCAUUGUAAUGAUAUUGUGUUUGAAUGUUAUGUAUGCAUGUCUAUUGUGCUGUUGUUGUUAUUAAAAAUAAUGUUGAACUUGAUAAAAUGAUCUAUUGAUAUGGAA